UUUCAAAAGAACUUCCCGUGACGCCGCCAUCCUUGUGGUUCUUUGCAGAAGGGCACGAAGAGGCCGAGACAAGGGUGCCCGGCGGAGCAACGACUUGGCACUUCAUCCCGCAAACAUGCUGUCCAGGCUCGUUUUUGUUACAGCCAGUGGUCUGAAAAGCAGUGGCCCCCUCGGAGCAGGCCUGGUCCACGCAUCCCGUUCCCUCCACACAUCGUCCCAGAGUCUGGCCCCAGUUCCCCCUCUGCCAGAGAAGGGAGGCAAAGUCCGUCAUGGCAUCUUCCCAGAGGAGCUGUUCCAGCUCUUGUACCCCAAAACUGGGGUCACCGGACCCUACAUGCUGGGCACUGGUCUUCUCGUCUACUUGCUCUCCAAGGAGAUCUACGUUAUCAACCAUGAGACCUUCACUGCUGCCGCUAUAGGCGCUGUCCUCAUCUACGGUGUCAAGAAAUUUGGCCCUAGUGUUGCCGCUUUUGCUGACAAACUGAAUGAGGAGAAAGUGGCUAAGGCUCAGGAGGUGAAGGACGUCGCCAUGACCAACCUGACUCAGGCCAUCGAGAAUGAGAAGAAGGAACAGUGGAGAGUAGAGGGAAGAGGGAUGCUCUUCGAUGCCAAGAGGAACAACGUGGCCAUGCUGCUGGAGACCAACUACAGGGAGAGGCUACAGAUGGUGACCAAUGAGGUGAAGAAGCGCUUGGACUAUCAGGUCGCCCUGCAGAACCUCCACCGGCAGAUGGAGAAGGAGCACAUGGUCAACUGGGUGGAGAAGAGCGUCGUCAGCAGCAUCACCCCCCAGCAGGAGAAAGAGAGCAUCGCCAAGUGCAUCGCAGACCUGAAGGCUCUGGCCAAGACCACGCAGGCCAAGGCUGCAGUGUGAACUGUCGGGUCUUCAGAGAAGGCUACUCUAAACCCCAACUCACUGUCCUGACUCCAGACAGCCACUUUUCUUUACAGAAUCAACUAUUUCCUCUCAAAACAUUGUCUCUGUCAAUGUUAUGGUGUGUAUAUACACGUCGGCUGAUAAUAAAGUAAAUGGUUUGCUUAUUCACUAA